GUUUGACAAAAAUGGCCAAAGAUCCAUUCCUCUACCACCAGCAAUAUCUCCAACUAGGUCUCUGUCUCUCUCCUCUGUUAGCUAAGUCCUUAACCCCCCAUUCUUUUUUUUCUAUCUCUUAUAAUUCCAUUGCACUCUUUUGGAUUUCUUUGUUCUUUCCAUGGAAAAGCACCACCAGCAGCUGUCACUGGCCAAGUGUUCUCGCCAGCGUUGCAGCGAAUGGAUAUUCCGAGAUGUUCCUAGUGAUAUAACGAUAGAAGUGGAUGGUGUUACAUUUGCAUUGCAUAAGUUCCCUCUUGUCUCUCGGAGUGGACGAAUCCGGAAGUUGGUAGCAGAACACAGGGAUUCUGAUAUAUCAAGGAUUGAGCUCUUGAGCCUUCCCGGAGGUGCCGAGUCAUUUGAGCUGGCAGCCAAAUUCUGCUAUGGUGUUAACUUCGAGAUUAUAUCUGCAAAUGUUGCUCAGCUUUGCUGUGUGUCAGAUUACCUGGAAAUGAACGAGGAGUAUUCUAAGGAAAAUCUUGGUUCCCGUGCUGAAGAAUAUCUUGAUAGCAUUGUCUGCAAGAAUCUUGAAAUGUGUGUUGAAGUCCUGCAACAUUGUGAAAAUCUAAUUCCUCUAGCUGAUGAGCUGAAAAUUGUUGGCCGAUGUAUUGAUGCUAUAGCCUCUAAAGCUUGUGUAGAGCAAAUUGCUUCGAGCUUCUCACGCUUGGAGUAUAGUAGCUCAGGAAGACUUCACAUGAACCGGCAGGCCAAAUGUGAAGGAGACUGGUGGAUAGAAGAUCUCUCUGUUCUUCGGAUUGACUUGUAUCAGUUAGUUAUAACAGCCAUGAAAUGUCGUGGUGUCCGACCUGAGAGUAUUGGAGCAUCACUUGUGAACUAUGCUCAGAAAGAGUUGACUAAGAAAUCCAGCUUAUGGAAUCAAUCUAGCCAGCCAAAAGUUGACUUGGUUUCUGGUUCAAGUGGGCAUGAGAGACUUGUGGUUGAGACAAUUGUUAGCCUUCUUCCUGUUGAAAAAUUCACUGUGCCCAUCAACUUUCUCUUGGGGUUGUUGCGAAGCGCUUUGAUGCUUGACUGCUCAGUUGCUUGUAGGCUUGAUCUUGAAAGACGGAUUGGGUCACAGCUAGAUAUAGCUACUCUUGAUGAUCUUUUGAUCCCCUCCUUCCGCCAUGCUGGUGACACUUUAUUUGAUGUUGACACAGUUCACAGAAUCUUGGUUGACUUUGCUCAGCAAGAUGAUAGCGAAGAUGAUAUGGAAGAUGCCUCAGUAUUUGAAUCUGAUAGUCCUCCUUCACCCUCCCAAACUGCAUUAUUCAAAGUUUCAAAAUUGGUUGACAAUUACCUUGCUGAAAUUGCACCUGAUGCAAAUCUCAAGCUCACCAAAUUCAUAGCCAUAGCAGAAACUUUACCAGCACAUGCACGUACUAUUCAUGAUGGACUUUAUCGAGCCAUUGAUGUUUACCUCAAAGCUCAUCAGGGUUUAUCAGAUCCAGAUAGGAAGAGGCUCUGCAACCUGAUCGAUUUUCAAAAGCUUUCACAAGAAGCUGGUGCACAUGCUGCACAAAAUGAACGCCUUCCUCUCCAGUCAAUUGUGCAAGUACUUUAUUUUGAACAGUUGAGGCUCCGAAAUUCCUUAUCCUGCUCUUAUCCUGAUGAUGACCACAAGCCAAUGCAUCAAUCUUGGCGGAUCAGCAGCGGUGCUCUCAGUGCUGCAAUGUCUCCCCGGGACAACUAUGCAUCACUAAGGCGAGAGAACCGGGAGCUGAAACUUGAGCUAGCUCGACUGCGGAUGAGAUUAAAUGAUCUGGAAAAAGAACAUGUUUGUAUGAAGAGGGAUAUGGAAAAAUCUAAUUCUCAUAAAUUCAUGAGUUCCUUUUCCAAAAAGAUUGGCAAGCUGAACUUUUUCGGUCAUAGUUCUUCAAGGGGAUCAAGUUCUCCCUCAAAACAGUCACAAAGAACGGAUUCUAAACUAACCGAGAGAACGUGAACAAGCACAAUUCUUAGGUAAUUCAAUUUGCUCAAUUUUUGUUAAAAGCUUCUGUUGUGUAACUAUGAGGCAAGUCGUCAGUUAUGUUUAUUUUGGGUUUUUUUUCCUUUGGUUCCCUAUUGACACUUUUUUUUUCUUACUCCCAUGUUGUACAUGAGUUAUGGGCUUUGCUUUAGCAACAGAAAGAAGUUCUUGUUUCAGUCACAGGGGUCGUUUUUCAGUGAGCAAGACUUUGAUAUAGUUUAUGCAAGAUUGUAUAACCUAAACAUGUGGGACAUCCUAAUUUCAAGUAUUUUGCAGCCUUAAUGUU